GGAGACAUGUAUACUCUCCUCCUGGUGUUAAACAAGGGUUGCUAUCCGAAUUUUGCAGACGCGAAGAAGCGUACUCCUCUCUCUUACGCUGCCGAAUGUGGCAAUGUGGAAAUCUUGAAGCACUUGCUCAGCGACCCGAGAGUUGGCCAUGACCCCGUGGGCAUUGAUGGUUACACGCCUCUUUUCAGAGCUAUCAUGGCAGGCCAAGCUGCUGUCGUAUCGACAUUGAUCAAUGAGGGCAGAGUCGACGCCAAUCCUACGGAUAAGAACGGUCUGACGCCGCUUUUAUACGCGGCUAGGGCGGGACACGCACACAUGGUCAAAGUACUGCUCGAG